AAUUCGAAUUCGGCGAGGAGGCUGCGAUCGAGGACAUAAUAACAACGGGCCCUAUAUGCUAUGACUGUGGAAAUGAUGAGUCCUUCCCAAGCUGUCCUUCCACAACUGCUUGUCAGUUAGACGAGCUGAUAUCUGCAUUGCAUCUAAUGCCCAAUCUCUCAAUGUGGUUUCUGGAAACGUCUACAGUACCUUCUACACUUACUGGGCUAUGGCGCUACAUUACCAAAGAACAGACCUUGGAUUGUAUGGAGCUUCGCGAUACUUUCUGAAUAAUGCUUUCAUUGGAAAGUAUCGGAUUGGGUCAGAGGUGUUGAGAGUCAAGAGUCUCAGUUUGGCUGCCGUAGAUUUUGCAAAUAUGUCGGUUCCUACAACGGAUUUUGGCACAUUAAGAGAAGGAUUACAAUAUGCCCUCGACUUUGAGCUUGAUAGUUAUUCUACGGUAGCUGACCAAGUGAAAAUAAUUGGUUUAUGCGGAGCACCCUCAGAGGUCACGACGCUCAGUUCCACCUUCCUCGAGGCACAAUAUAAUGUUAUUCGUGAACUUUAUACGUUCAUCAGCCAGCUAAACUAUACCGACCCUGAAGGUACGGCCGAAAUGUUAUUCGACAAGAUUGUCCUGAUGAAUCCUGACUUUGUCCCACAAUAUGCAAUUGUAAAACCCUUUCGUGAUUCGGACCAAUUGCAAAGUGGGUUAUUUGAUGAAGGAUUUUGGGAUUUAUUGCCAAGAGGUUUUGGAAGCGAGACCUUUUUUGGAUACAGGAUCAGCAAAAAAGAAAGACGGUAGAGAAGACAAAAAUGUAAAACACUGCUACAGUUAAUAUUGGCUGUAAUAGGCCAUGGACCUUACUUUCUGGAGCAGCAAUUAAUACCCAGUAAUUUAGUUACUACCUUUUCGUUCAUUGACAUACGCCAUAAAUUGUGGAAUUUAUAAGUGUACUUUUAACAUUUUAAAACAUUUUGGAAACGUUUUGAUUUUGAAACUUUUUGGUAACAAUUUGAUUGUCUCGUUUUAGAAUCGCCAACUGUCUUGACAAGUGUAAAUGACCUCAGUGGGAAAUCCUAUACGGAUAUAUGAACACUGAGUGACCUUUAUAGAUGCAGAAUAUAAAAUUUAUAAAAUUGCUUAGACAAAUAUGAACCUUUAUUGAACGUGAUCGUUACGUGUAAUUUUCUAAUAAGACGAAGAGUUCUGAUUUAUAAUUUGCAUUUUACGUCUCCAAUAACCUCCAUAAUUGAUCAGAAAUGUCAAUUCUUCUUUGCGUUGUAAAACAAACAUAGGGUGCGCUUUUUUAUUAAGACAUUGCUUUCAAUAGUUUACAUUUUAUAGACUUUAGCGCCGUUUUUGAGAGUCCAAAUAAGAAUUGUAUAAGAAAAAUAAUUCGGCAUUUCAAAUGAUCAAGAAAAUCAAUAAAAGAUCCCUAUAUAUAUCAUGGAUUCCAUGAAAUCGUUUCCGUAAUCAUUGAAUGAUCAUUUUCUAAACCAAUAUGUAAUACCUGCAGGCUAUAUAAAUGGAUAACAUAGAAUAGACAAUGUUGGCGGUUUAAAAACGACGCUAAUUUGAUUUUUAACCUGUAUUUCAAAAAAUGAAUAAUUAAUAAAUUUUAUUUGCAACUUACAGUAUAUGUGGU